AUCUUAAACUUUUUUCUUCCAAAAACAUCAUUUUCCAGCUUUCAUAUUUCAUUGUAUUGCUUUCACGUUGCGUACACCACCCAAAUUACAAAAAAGCAACCCCCUUUCACGCUCCUCCACCACCUCCACCACACCACCACCACAAUGCCACCCAAAACCCACCACCAAAAACCCACAAAACCCCCACCCCCACCACCCCAAUCCACCCACCUAGCAACAGUAGAACUCAAACAAACAAUCUUAAACUCACUCUCCAAACUCACAGACAGAGACACCCACCACAUCGCCAUUCAAGAUCUCCAAACCCUAAUCAAAACCACCUCACCAGACUCAAUCCCCACCAUCCUCAACACCCUCUUUGAAUCCACAUCUGACACCACCAUCAACAAACCCACCAUCAAGAAACAAGCAAUCAAACUCCUCUCAUUCCUCUGUGCCUCCCACACCCAAUCCACACACACCCACUUGCCCAAAAUCAUCACCCACAUUGUCAAAAGGCUUAAAGACUCCGACUUUGGGGUUAAAGAUUCUUGCUGUGACUCCAUUGGCCAUCUUUCUUGUAUUUACUUGAAGGGUUUUGUUGGUGAGGGUGAGAAGAAUGGUGGGUGUGUUGUUUCUUGGUUUGUGAAGCCGUUGUUUGAGGCGAUGAGUGAGCCCAAUAAGUGGGUGCAAGCUGGUGCUGCAAUGUGUUUGGGUAGAGUGGUGGAUAUGGCUUCUGAUCCACCUGUUUUGGGGUUUCAGAAACUUUGUGGGAGGAUCUGCAAGUUUUUGAAUAGUCCUAAUUUUUUGGCUAAUGCUGCUCUUUUGCCUGUUGUUUCAAGUCUUGCUCAGGUUGGUGCUAUUUCGCCACAAUAUUGGGAGCCACUGCUUCAAAGUAUUCAUGACUGUCUUAAUAGUGUUGACUGGUCAACUCGAAAGGCAGCUGCUGACACGCUAAAUGCGUUGGCUUUGCAUUCAAGUAACUUAAUAAGAGAAAAACCGACCGAUACCAUAACAGUACUCGAGGCAUGCCGCUUCGAUAAGAUAAAACCUGUGAGAGAUAGUAUUACAGAGGCCCUGCAACUAUGGAAGUUUAUUGUAGGAGAUCAUGAAGAUCAAAAAAUGUCUGGUCAAAGUCAAGAUUCUGAAUCAGCCAAGUUGUCAAGAAAGGACCUUCCAAAGGUGGACGAUAAAAGAGUUUUGACCCCAGUUCAGAACGGUCAAACCAAGGGUCAAAAUACAUCCAAAAAGUCAACUGUAACGAAAAAGAAGGGCCCACCUCUAAGUGACAAGGAACUGAACCCUGAAUUCUUUCGUAGACUCUUAAGAACGGUUUCAGGUGACGUUGAAGUCGUUGUCAAUGGUGAAUCUGUUAAUUUACCGAGUGAAGAGGUGUCAGAGGUCAAUGAUAAUAAUGAUGCGGAAAAGUCAAAGUCAAACGAGCCAGAUGGGCAGGUCAACUUGCAAAAUUGUAGAUUGGAAAGAGGACGCGGUGGCCCGGUUUUCAGAAGGCCCGAAUCUGAUAAUAAUGGGAAUUUGUUGGGAAUUCAGAGGCAGUUAUUACACUUGGAAAGGCAGCAGGCUCGUCUUAUGAACAUGUUGCAGGCUUUUAAGGGUGGAUCUCGUGACGGUAUGGUAACUCUAGAGAAUCGAGUGUGUGGCCUAGAGAGAAUGGUUGAUGACAUGGCACGUAACUUGUCAGUAUCCGUGAAUACUUUACGAACUUGUUAUAAUAACGGCUUUCACGAAUCUACCGAAAGACCGUUUGGCAAAUACAACGGCUAUUCUAACUAUCAUACACAUGGUCCAAACACACAAAUGGGCUCAAGACGAGCCGUAAACAAUAGGUUACCUAACCGGUCCGGGCCCAUUAGAUUUGUAGACGGUCCAUCCGCAAGAAGUGUUUGGAAAGCAUCAAAAGAUGAAGCCACAUUGGAAGCAAUUAGAGGGGGGCGGCCAGCACGUGUGAUUGGAAACGAGAAUAUUGGACAUGCUCGGGAUAUUAAUAUGACGUUUGGUGAAGUUUUGUCGAGUGGGGAUGAUUUUUCGCUUGUGAAACUAAUGGAUAAAACCGGACCCGUGAUUGAUUGGCUCUCAGAUGAUGUGGCAAACGAAGUUUUGUGUGCGGUUGCACAGUUUCUUCUUGAACCGAGUUUGUUUGACAUCUGUUUAUCUUGGAUUCAACAGUUGCUUGAUAAGAUCAUAGAAAACGGAAAAGAUUAUCUGGGAAUCCCUGUGGAACUGAAAAUGGAGAUUUUGGCGAAUUUGAGUGAAGCUUCAUCAUCUGUACAUCCUCCGGAAAACUGGGAAGGUUUAAUGCCGGAUCAAGUUUUAUUGCAGUUGGCAUUAGCCUGGGACAUUAAUCUGCAACAGCUACAAAAACAAUAACGCUUGUGCGUAUUAUACGAUAAAUUCUAAGAGAAAGUCACAAAAAUAAUCAUUUUCUUGGGUGUGUUAUACCUAUACAGCAAUGUGUCAAAUUGUUCUGAUAUGAUCAUUAAGAUUCAACAUACUCGGAAAAAUGGUCACUUUCGUGAUUUUCUCUUAUAUAUAUAGUAGAGGUGUAUUUGAUACAGAUUUUACUAGGUUUGACAUCAAAUUGGUAUAGAAGAACCAAGGCUUAUGAGAGUCACUCUAAUAUAUUUUU